ACAUAGCAAGGCUUCUCUUUCCUCUUUGAAAAUCUCAAACUUAAAUCUUGUUUUUGGGUUUUCUUCAUUUAUCAUCAACAUCAUCACUAUCUUCUUGUUCUUCUUCUGUGACGACAAUGAUAUUGACAUGACAUUAGUGGUUUGUUGAUGAUUUUGUGAAAGUAGAAGGAAGAGGGAGCAUUGAUUCACAAAGAUGGCAUGGAGAAAUGGGUGUGAGGAAGUGGCUCAAUCGAAGCCUAUAUUUCUAACGAUCUACACUGUGGUCAUCAUUGGCAUCGUUGUUUCUUCUUUCUAUGUCUUUUCUGCUAUUUACUCAAGCAACCCUCCUGCUUCUCAAUCUUCUGCAUGGCUCUCUUCCCUUUCGCCUGAGGAUCCUCACCUUACAGAUCAAACACUCAACUUUUCUCAGCCAGCAAUGGUGCAUACUCUUCCCACUCCUUCCCCGGGCACACAAAAUGCAUGGCCAGGGGCUAUUUGGGGCGUUCCACCACCCAAUAAAAAAAUGCCACCUUUGAAGGCUUUCCGACUGACCAAAGAACUGGUUCAGAAAAGGGUGAAAGAUAACAUUGUAAUUGUGACCUUUGGUAACUAUGCAUUCAUGGAUUUUAUCCUGACUUGGGUUAAACAAUUGACGGAUCUGGGAGUUACUAAUCUUCUUGUUGGUGCAAUGGACACGAAAUUAUUGGAGGCAUUGUAUUGGAAAGGGGUACCAGUUUUUGACAUGGGCAGCCAUAUGAGCACAGUAGAUGUUGGCUGGGGGUCUCCAACAUUUCAUAAAAUGGGGAGAGAAAAAGUUAUUCUAAUAGACUCAAUACUGCCUUUUGGCUACGAGCUGUUGAUGUGUGAUACUGACAUGGUUUGGUUGAAGAACCCACUUCCAUAUCUUGCUCGUUAUCCAGGAGCAGAUGUUUUAACUUCAAGUGAUCAAGUUAUACCCACAGUUGUUGAUGAUAGUUUGGAAAUUUGGCAAGAAGUUAGCGGCGCCUAUAACAUAGGAAUUUUCCAUUGGAGACCGACAGAGUCUGCAAAAAAAUUGGCAAAGCAAUGGAAAGAAAUGCUUCUAGCUGAUGACAAGAUAUGGGAUCAGAAUGGGUUUAAUGAAAUUGUUCGCAGACAGUUAGGACCAUCUGUUGAUGAUGAUAGUGGACUUGUUUUUGCUUUUGAUGGAAAUUUGAAGCUGGGAAUUUUGCCUGCAAGUAUCUUCUGUAGUGGACAUACAUAUUUUGUCCAGGCUAUGUACCAGCAACUAAGGUUGGAGCCAUAUGCAGUGCACACAACAUUUCAAUAUGGAGGCACUGAAGGAAAGCGCCACCGACUGCGAGAAGCCAUGCUCUUCAAUGAUCCACCAGAAUACUAUAAUCCUUCCGGGGGCUUCUUGUCAUUUAAGCCAUCUAUUCCAAAAAGCUUGUUGCUGAGUGGGGAGCAUACUGUUGAAUCACAUUUUACUCUUGUUAAUUACCAAAUUAAACAGAUUAGGACAGCACUUGCAAUUGCUUCCCUUCUGAACAGAACGCUGGUCAUGCCUCCACUAUGGUGCAGGAUUGAUAGGCUAUGGUAUCCCCAUCCUGGUGUUUUGGAAGGGUCUAUGACUAGACAACCUUUUCUCUGUCCUUUGGACCAUGUAUUUGAGUUGAAUGUCAUGUUGAAAAAACUGCCAGAAGAAGAGUUUGGCCCUGACAUAGAUAUUCGAGAGUACUCAAUACUUGAUAAUCCCUCUCUGAUGUCAGAGGUGAAAAUGUCAUGGCUUGAUGUACAGCUCUGUAAAGAAGGAACCCCAGAUUGUGAUGCAUUGAAUGAUACCACUGUUGGGGGAGUACUUAAAUUUCCAAAGCAGAGCAAUGAAGAAACGUUUAUGAAAGUAUUCUCAUCAUUCAAGGAUGUAAAAGUCAUCAAGUUCUCUUCAAUGCAAGAUGCUUUCACGGGUUUCACUAACAAGGAAAGGGAAGAUAGAUUCAGAAAUCGUGUUAAACGGUAUGUGGGCAUAUGGUGCUGUGUGCUAGAUCACACUCCUGGUCACAUAUAUUAUGAUAUGUACUGGGAUGAGAAACCUGGAUGGAAAGCAAUACCUCCUCAAACUUCCGAGGAUGAUCAUCCACCUUGGUAAGAUCAACUUCAGGUUUAUGUUUGUCAAAACACUAUGAUGGAUGGUGGAAUAAGAGAUAAAUUCAGGUUUAUGUCAAGGCCAAGAUUGUAUACUUUCAGAAAUGAAGAACUGUAUCCAUAUUUUUAAGAUAUUUAUAUAGAUUGGACAGUUGGUUCUUGUGUAGCAAUUAAGAAAAUUUUUGUCCUGUAUCAAGCAAACUAGAGAAAUGGAAACCUACAGUUUCUUAGAGGACGGGGCACUUUUUGGUCUUUGAUGUCGUAGUUGAUAUUGUUUGGCUUGUAAUUAAAUACU